CGACCUGCAACUGUAAGACUUCUUUAUAAAAAGACCUGCAACUGUAGGACUACUUUAUAAAAACGACCUGCAACUGUAACUGUAGGACUCCUUUAUAAAAAGACCUGCAACUAUAGGACUCCUUUAUAAAAAGACCUGCAACUGUAGGACUACUUUAUAAAAACGACCUGCAGCUGUAAGACUGCUUUAUUAAAACGACCUGCAACUGUCAGACUCUUAAUUCGUGAGCACACAGUUGCCUAACUGACGACAUAAUGAAACAAUUUUCAAACGAGAGAAACGCAAAAGAAAAAGGCAACGGUGCCCUGCAGCGGUAUGAGAUUAUCUGGUACCUUUUUAAAAAGUACCUACAGGGUAAACAAGUGGUUAAUAAACAGUAAUUAAGUUAAAUUACAGAAUGUGUAGUUAAAAUAAAACUAUGGAUUUAGUUAAUUUGAAAUUCACGCAUACUUACACCUUAAUGUGCCGCAGUUUUUCCCUUUUUUAUCGUUUUUUUGCACACAUGGGCAGUGGACACAUGGCAUAUAUUUUUAUUACUUACAUUGUUUCAUUAGUGUCCUUUAGACUUCUGUACAAAAAUCAAUACAGCUUGUGGUACAGCAUAUAAAAUGUUACCAUAUACAUGUUGUACACGCUAUAUACGACAUCAAGCUACCACAAAGUUAAUCAAGAAUAUAAGUUGUGCUGUAUUACAAGGAACAAAUAUACCAGAAGUAAUUCAAGUGAGGAAACAAUCAAAGAUAAAUUUAAGAACAAAUUCUGACUCAAGUCCUGGUUUAGCUAGCUCGAUAAAGAAGAUAUACUGCAAUGAAAGAGACCCUGGAAAUCACACAUUAAAAGAUAUUGGUUUAAUGCAUGAGAUUCCAAAAGAAGAUCAGUCAUCUCUUGUUCUUAAAUAUGACAAGGGGUUUAGGAAAAAGUUUUUAACAGAAGCAAGUGCGGUUGACAAACUGUGUAUUAUGAUCCGUAAACCUGGCUUGGAAUUGGUUAACUACCUGAAACAUGCGAAUUAUUCAACAGCUGUCAACAGAUAUUUGAUGUAUGGACCUGCUGGUUGUGGAAAAACUAUGACUAUGAUGUACGCCGUGGAUUAUUGUAAGAAACAAGGGUGGCUUAUUGUUCCUGUUUUCAACCCGUGGACCUGGAUUCAGUAUAAAAACACAUACAUUGUUCAUCAGAGGGAAGAGAUAGUAAGGUCACUCUGGAACAAGGAUAGAGUUGACCAUCCUGAAAUAGCAGCACGUUGGUUAGAAAACUUUCGGCAAAUAAAUUCAGAUUUAUUGGAAAAUGUGUUUACAACACGAGAGUAUACGUGGUCGAAACAUGAAAAGACAAAAUCUGGUGUUUCAUUUUCCACCUUAGUGGAUCUUGGCAUUGCUCGUGUUAGAAUUGCAACAGAUGUUGCUGGCUGUAUACUACGUGAGAUUAUAAAUCAGGAUUCACCUGAUUUUCCAAGAACAUUAGCUGCAGUAGACUGUGCUAACUCUUUUUUCGGUAUCUCAACUUUAAAAAUCGAGCCUGGAGUUUAUUUAGAGCCCAAUGAACUUGCUCUCGUUCAUAAUUUCAAGAAAAUCCUGAGUAACAAAUGGAAAAAUGGUGCCGUAAUUGUUGGAUUAAACACAUCUGGUAUACCAAGUCAAACAAAACGUAUCGCAAAAGUUUCGAGUGAACAUCCAUACGACAUUCUCGGCCAAGAAGGCUUUGACAUUUUGGAUCCACAUAUUCCAAUACAUGUUCCCCACUAUACUGAUAAGGAAGCUAUAUCACACCUUGCUUAUUACCAGGAUAGGAAAUGGUUGGUAGGUAGAAGCACAACCGAAGCAGGAGAAGCGGAAAUUCUUCAAAUUUGUGGAAAUUCUCCAACUGAUAUCUGUGUUUAUUGUGGCCAUUUAUAUUAAACUAAUAAAAGUAAUGCUGUCAUUAAAUGCCUUUUGUAAUAUGAAGCUUUAAAUAAAACGUUUACUACAUUA